AUGGAUCAGUCAUCGUCAGCGGUGCCCGGAGCAACAACACCCUGUCUACCGGCACCAUCCCAGCAAUUCGGUGGCACACAACAACCCGGUAGCAAUUGCUGCACACCUGAUGCACAACAGCCACUGCAUUAUGGGGCUCCACGAAGUAAUAGUAGUAAUGGAGGCAGUAUCACCACACUGACAACAGCCACGACAACGAGUGGUGGCGAAUCAUUUACCGUGUUGAAUGGAUCCGCGAACAGAAAUUCUAGCGGUAGUGGUAGUAAUAAUAAGCAGCGAUGUGCCGGUUGUGCGAGCGAAUUCAGGAGUGACCGGCCUGGCAUCCAGUGUACAGGAAGUGGACAGGGCUGUCGGCGAUUUUUUCAUCAGGAAUGCAGUGAAUUGUUGCCUGAUGCCUUCCGGGCAAUUGUGGCGGAGCCGCGCGCCGAAUGGAUUUGUCCGGAGUGUAUGUGCCGCCAACAAACCCAGCUUACUUUUGCAUAG